AUGUUGACAGACGCCACACAGCAGGAGACUGUGGACAGUGUAGACACUGUGGAGAGUGUCGAUACUGGGGAUCAGCCCUUGCCCUCCUCCACUUCUGACGCUGGGACACAGUGUUCUUUGAAGCCCCCCCAAUGGUCUCACGCUGUGCAGGUUAACCUGAAGCCCAAGAUGGUCAGCGUGGGCACACAGACAUCAUUUGGCACACAAACCUCCACUCCCUUGCUAGUCCUGAACAGACAGAUGAAGAUGAUGAUAAUGCCUCUGUCAUCAGUGACUUAUCGUGGGUGCCCGAAGAGCCGAUGCAUGAGGAGGACUUGUUUGAUGAGGAGCCACCUUACACGUGUGACCCCCAUCACAAGCUCAUUGGCAGCAGUAAAGUUGGAGAACAUAAUCACGAGGACUGCCUUACUGAAAGAUGUUCGACAGCUGUCUCCACAGCAUCAGACAUUCUCCCUUGAGGCUUACCACUCCCUCAUCUUGCACUUCGCACCCAAGCACACAGGGUUUUCAUACCUUGGGAUGUAUAGCAGGCUUCUCUUAGCGGCGCUGCAUUACAAUCACAAUGCCAACCGCGAGACAGCACGGAAAAGUGAUGGGACGGAGAAGUACUGCGUGCAGUAUCCGCGCUUCAGAAAAGGUGCCCAUGUGGUGCGUCCCAUCAAAGAGGCAGCCUCAUACGGUUAUGCAACAUCACUGAUGAAGGCCCUUCAGGAAAGCUACACCCAUUCACCUGCAGCUCUUCGAGAGGUUAGCGCUAAUUUGUCCUCCGAUGCACCCGCCCCCAUCGCUAAAUCCUUCGAACAGGUUCCUAAGGAGGAGGCCGUCAGCCUCUUCCUAGCCCGGCAGUCACGCUACAAGAGAACCUAAAUUCACAUUAUUAUUAUUAUUUUUUUCCACAGACAAGUCCAAUGAUUUAGUUGUAAUUAUUUAUUUUAGUUGUUAUUUAUCUUCUUUCCUUCUGUCCCUGUCAUCUCAUUUGGUGGUGGUUUCCUGUAUUCUGCAUGUUUUGUGUGUUGUUGCUUUGGUUUUACUUUGCACUAAAUCAUUACUUUUUUUCGUCUUUGUAAGUGGCAUUAAUUGUCGCUGUACCCCAUUCAAGGGGUCCUGCAUGCUGCAUGUCUGCUCCUCUGUCUGUUAUUUGCAUGAAAUUUGUUUUAUGUAAUUCAAAAUAAUUUACCAAUCAUUUUACCUGUGCCUUGUCAACCUCUGUGUGCGGUGUUGUCUGGGUUCACUGUGUGUCAGCUUGAUAUGCUUUUGCAUGUAUCACUGCAUAUGCAUUCAUGAAAGAGUGUGAGUGUGUGUGUGAGUGUGUGUGAGUGUGAGUGAGUGUGAGUGACUGUGUGUGACUGUGUGUGAGUAAGUGAGUGUGAGUGAGUGCGAGAACCAUCAGUUGACCCUCAGGUAAGACCACACUUUUGCAGGCAAAAGAAACAAUGUGCAAAGGUUUCAGGUCUAGCCCUUCAUCAGUGGGCUUUUUUUUAUAUAGAUUUGUUUACUUGCAACCUGUGUCUUUGUUCAGUAAUCCUUGUCCAGUAAAUGUUUAGUAACCCU